AAGUGACGCAGGGCGGGCCGGCCCCGGAAGCGCCGCCGGGACCCCUCCGCAGCCAUGUAGGGCCCGCGGCCGGGGCGGGACGCGAGGCGCGACCGCCACCAUGGACGGCAGCGGCGCCGCGGCUGCGGCGGGGCCGAGCCUGCCCAACCUCACCCCGCGGCACCGGCAGCUCAUCCCCACGCCCUGCGGCCCCAUAAAACCAUGCUCCGAGCUCUCAUUCCCCGUGAAGAUCUACUUCUGUGUCACUGUUGUGUCCCUGCUGAGUGUCAUAGGGCUGACCAUCGAGACACUGGUGCGCCAGACUGAGGAGGAUUUCACCAUUUCCCUUAUUCAGCUGGUCGGAGUUGUGUUCUGUGUGUACUAUGUGAGCAGGGGCAUCCUGCAGGAGAACCGCCAGGAGCUCGUGGUGUUCGUGCUCUCCAUCCUGCUGCUGAUGCUGCGCUCCAUCAUCAACUUCACCCUGCUCCCUGCUGGGCAGAAACCUCAGCUCCUGGCCCGUUUUGUGCUGAUCCUGCUGGUGGGCUCCUUCGAUGUCAUCUGUGCCCUCAUCCUCAUCCAGAGCCAGUCCAUGAUGGCAUUCCGGGUGGGGGGAGCCCUGGAGAGCCUCCAGGCCCAGUACUUCAUGCUCAACCUCUGCUUCUCCAUGCUCACCUUUGAUCUGCAGGCACAGGGAGUUUGUGGCAGAUGUUUUUUCCCCAGAAUGAUUUCAUGCAAUGUUUGCCUCCCCCAGCUGUGCCUGUGCAUCCUCCUGAUCAGCCUGCACGAGGUCACCCUGCUGCACAACAUCAUCUCAGCCACGGGCGUCGUCUGGGGCUGCCUCAAGGUCACCGUGGGCAUCAUUGCAAUUUUAAAAGAGCUGAAACCUCUGGUGUGGAUUUUCCUGGUCCAGAAUGUGCCUGAGGUGGUUUAUCUCAUCUACCUGCUCUACACGCUCCUGCUGGAUUUCAAGAGAGCAGAGCCCAUCCUGCCUCUCCAGGAUCAACUUUUCAGGACAGGGAUGGAGUAAAGCUGCUCUUGAACUGGUCAGAGGGAGAGGCUCUGGAAGUCCCUGCAAAGAGUGAUGAGGGAAAAAGGAAACAAAUUCUUGUUCAAGAUACACAGCUCCUCAAAAAUGCCUCCCCUCCUUCACACAAGCCUCAAGUGGUGCCAGAGCAUUUGACCAGGGCUCAGUUGUUGCAUUUUAAAGAAUUUCAUAGGCAGCACCCACAGCUGUGGAUCCUGCUGUAGCCAAAACAAGGCAGUGCCAGCCCAACAAACCCCAGUCUGGGGCAGUUUUUUGGCUCUGUAACACUGAUAAAACCUUAUCAGUGAGCACCUCCUACAAGAUGUGUGAGAGGAGGUGAGGAGAGAGGAGGGCAAGGGGAAGCCAGGCUGGGCAGGGCUGGAGUGCUGAGAGUGGCCAGUGCUGCUCAUCCUUGCCACCCACAGCCUCAGGGAUCCAUCACCACGUGCAGCUUCCCACUAUUCCUGGCCUGUGUGAGCUGGCAGAGCACAGCAGGACUCCACACUGUCUGUACAUCACAAAAUCAGAAAACUCAGAUGGUUUCAGAGUGACCUGUUGGGUUUUUCUUUCUUCUUUCCCCCCACUCCCUACCUGGUGACUCCUCUCAGAAAUCCAGGGCUUGGUUGCUUGUUGUGGCUUUGUGGCAGCAGCUGGUGAUGGUUUGGUGUCUCCCUGUUCCUGUGGCAGCAGCUGGUGAUGGUUUGGUGUCUCCCUGUUCCUGUGGAGCAGCUGGUGAUGGUUUGGUGUCUCCCCUUUCCUGUGGCAGCAGCUGGUGAUGGUUUGGUGUCUCCCUUUUCCUGUGGAGCAGCUGGUGAUGGUUUGGUGUCUCUCUUUUCCUGUGGAGCAGCUGGUGAUGGUUUGGUGUCUCCCUGUUCCUGUGGUAGCCCCUGGUGAUGGUUUGGUGUCUCCCUGUUCCUGUGGCAGCAGCUGGUGAUGGUUUGGUGUCUCCUUUUUCCUGUGGCAGCAGCUGGUGAUGGUUUGGUGUCUCCCUUUCCUGUGGCAGCAGCUGGUGAUGGUUUGGUGUCUCUCUUUUCCUGUGGUAGCCCCUUUUGAUGGUUUGGUGUCUCCCCUUUCCUGUGGCAGCCCCUGGUGAUGGUUUGGGGUCUCCCCUUUCCUGUGGCAGCAGCUGGUGAUGGUUUGGUGUCUCCCUGUUCCUGUGGUAGCCCCUUUU